UUGAAGUUUUGGUGGAGGCUUGCUGUUAUUUUCUGACGCUGUAUGUUUUUUUUUCGAUUUGUAAUAUUGGUCUCGUUCAACCAUACCAUUCGGGAACCAUAAAUCGGAGUUCUAAAGAUGAAUUCCAGCGUUGACCUAUCCAGGCGCAAUCCGCAGGAGGAUUUCGAGCUAAUUCAGCGGAUAGGAAGUGGCACAUACGGAGAUGUCUACAAGGCCCGUAAUGUCAACACCGGGGAACUGGCUGCCAUUAAAGUUAUUAAGCUGGAACCUGGUGAGGACUUUGAGGUGGUGCAGCAGGAGAUCAUUGUGAUGAAGGACUGCAAACACUCCAACAUCGUGGCCUACUUCGGCAGCUAUCUCCGGAGAGAUAAAUUAUGGAUCAGCAUGGAGUACUGCGGAGGAGGAUCUCUGCAGGAUAUUUAUCAUGUGACUGGGCCUCUGUCCGAGUCUCAGAUUGCGUAUAUGUCACGGGAAACCCUCCAGGGUUUGUACUAUCUCCACAACAAAGGCAAAAUGCACAGAGACAUUAAGGGAGCAAAUAUUCUAUUGACAGACAACGGCUAUGUGAAAUUAGCUGACUUUGGUGUAUCAGCACAGAUCACUGCCACGCUGGCUAAGAGGAAGUCCUUCAUUGGAACUCCAUACUGGAUGGCUCCAGAGGUGGCAGCAGUGGAGAGGAAGGGAGGCUACAACCAGCUGUGUGAUAUCUGGGCCGUGGGCAUCACUGCCAUUGAGCUGGCCGAGCUGCAGCCUCCUAUGUUUGACCUGCACCCCAUGAGGGCCCUUUUCUUGAUGACAAAGAGUAAUUUCCAGCCGCCCAAAUUGAAAGACAAAGGGAAGUGGGGAAAUAAUUUCCAUCAUUUUGUCAAAUUGUCCCUGACGAAAAAUCCCAAGAAGAGGCCAACAGCAGAGAAACUAUUACAGCACCCAUUUGUGUCACAGCCUCUCAGUCGAACCCUGGCCAUCGAGCUGCUGGACAAAGCCAACAACCCAGACCACACCACAUACAAUGACUUUGAUGAUGACGACCCUGAACCAGAGUCUCCUGUGUCUGUUCCCCAUCGGAUUCGCUCCACCAGCAGGAGCACCAGGGAAGGGAAGACGCUGUCUGAGAUCACCUUUGGCCAGGUGAAGUUUGACCCCCCGUUGAGGAAGGAGACAGAGCCCCAUCAUGAGCUGGAUCUUCAACGGGACUAUGGACAGGAAUCUCCAAGCCUGGUGGGAGGGAACAAGAGUCUUCUCAAAUCAGUGGAGGAGGAGCUUAAGCAGAGCAAACACAGUACCAUCAUGAGGCCGAAAGUCCCACCUCCACUUCCCCCCAAGCCCAAAUCUAUCUGUCCGCCCCAGGAGAGCCUGUCCCAGGGAGAGGAUGAUGUAGGCGGAGGGGGGACCAUCAAGCGCUGCCCUGUACCCGAGAGCCCCGCCCGACCCGCCUCAAAUGUACCCCCCCGCCCUCCACCCCCACGCCUGCCCCCCCACAGACGCAGUAGCCUAGGUAACGAGAGUACACAGAGCCAGGCUGGCUCAGAGCCCGAGGGGAAUGAUGCUGGGAGCUUUAGGCAUUUCUGGGAGUGGCUUCAUGCCCCACACACGGAAGAGGAGUUGGAAGAUGUGUUGGAGGAGGAGGAGGAGGAAGAAGAGAGUAAUGGAUUGAGCUCUCACCAGAAUGGAGAGAAGGACAGUGCUGCAGAGAGGCAGUCCACCAUGCCCCCUAGUGUCCCCAUACGGAAAGACAAGAAGGACAUUCCCAAGCCAAUCAGUAAUGGUCUCCCACCCACACCCAAGGUCCAUAUGGGGGCCUGUUUCUCCAAGGUGUUCAACGGCUGCCCGUUGAAAAUCCACUGUGCCACAUCCUGGAUCAACCCAGACACCAGAGACCAAUAUUUGAUAUUUGGUGCUGAGGAGGGGAUCUACACUUUGAACUUGAAUGAACUGCAUGAGACGUCAAUGGAGCAGCUCUUUCCCCGGCGUUGCACUUGGCUUUAUGUUAUGAACAACUGCUUGCUCUCUAUAUCUGGAAAAGCCUCCCAGCUCUACUCUCAUAACGUAGCUGGUCUGUUCGAGCAUGCCCGGCAAAUGCAGAAGUUACCCAUGGCCAUUCCUACACACAAACUCCCGGACAAGAUGAUUCCACGGAAGUUUGCCGUAUCUAAUAAGAUUCCAGACACAAAAGGUUGCCAAAAGUGCUGUGUAGUGAGGAACCCAUACAGCGGUCACAAGUACCUGUGUGGAGCGUUCCAGUCCAGUGUGGUUCUGCUGGAGUGGGUGGAGCCCAUGCAGAAGUUCAUGCUCAUCAAGAACAUCGACUUUCCCCUGCCCUGUCCUCUAGAGGUGUUUGAGAUGCUGGUGGUACCAGAGCAGCAGUACCCGCUCAUCUGUGUGGCCGUCAGCAAGGGCACCGAGCUCAGCCAAGUGGUCCGCUUCGGGACGGUCAACCCCAACUCAACAUCCUCCUGGUUCACAGAGGCUGAUACGCCCCAGACGUGUGUCAUCCACGUCACCCAGUUGGAGAGGGACACCAUAUUAGUUUGUCUCGACAGGUGUAUAAAGAUCGUGAACCUACAGGGACGGUUGAAGUCAAGCAGGAAGUUAUCUGCUGAGCUGACGUUUAACUUCCAGAUCGAGGCGAUAGUGUGUCUCCAAGAUAGCGUUCUGGCGUUUUGGAGGCAUGGUAUGCAAGGGCGGAGUUUCAAGACCAAUGAGAUCACCCAGGAGAUCUCUGAUAACACACGGAUCUUCAGACUGCUGGGAUCUGACAGAAACUCUCAGCACGACAGUUCAGGGCAGGAGGGAGCCGCCAGUCUGCCCAGGUAUACUCACUUCUCACUGGGUCACACCAGGUCUCGUCUAGCCUACAGACUCUCUGAUCUAUGGAUGUCCCCUGUGGGGACCCUUGUUUUCAUUCUGCCUGUAUGAGUGUGUGGGUUGGUUUUCUGUUUUCUUGGGUCAGUAACUACUUUGUUACAGCACGUUGACCCUAUUCACAUGAUGGAAUUUGUCUAUGGGGCUUGAGUAUGCUAUAAGUAGGAUCUGGUGUGUGUUGGGGGGUGUGGGGUCUGUUGGUGUGAAAGAUUUAUUUUCUGUGUGUGAGGCUUACAUCCUUAACCCCCUGGUCCCCUCUAGGACCAUAUACUUCCACAGUGUGAGUCUGAGCUGAACUUGCCCCCACUGUGUUUCAGAGUGGUGGUGCUGGAAAGCAGGCCGACAGACAACCCCACAGCACCGAGCAACCUCUAUAUCCUGGCUGGACACGAGAACAGCUACUGAUCAAACCGCACAGCCUCCUGGGAACACAAG